UAAACCCCUGUCAUAUUGAACCCAGGGCAACAGAUAUAUAAAUACAAAUCGCCACGCCGCUACGUCUUCUUCAGCCAUUUAGCUCCAUAGCUGCAGCAUUAGGGUUUUUCAUCUGCUUCAAUGGGGAAGGGAACAGGGAGUUUUGGUAAGAGAAGGAACAAGACUCACACUCUCUGUGUGAGGUGUGGCCGCCGCAGCUUCCAUCUCCAGAAGAGUCGUUGCGCCGCUUGUGCUUUCCCCGCCGCACGCACUAGGAAAUAUAACUGGAGCGUCAAGGCAAUCCGCAGAAAGACCACCGGAACUGGCAGGAUGAGGUACUUGCGUAACGUGCCUCGCCGAUUCAAGAGUGGCUUCAGAGAAGGUACCGAAGCUGCACCUAGGAAGAAGGGAGCAGCUACCACUGCAUAAACCUGUCAAAGAUCGUUGUUUGCUGGGUACGGACUUACAAGAAUAGAUUGCUUUUUUGUGCUUAUGGCAAGUAUUUUGGAACAAUUAUUUUUAGAGUCUGAUUGCUACUUUGUCCUUCAUUUAAUUUGUAGUUGCUUUAUAUUUCAACAAGAUCAUAAGACUUAUUGAUUAUUCAGUCGGCUAUGUUACAUUUAUAGUUUGUGGUUUAAGCAGUUUUCAAUUAGUGAAUACUGGAUAGAAUGAAAGACAUCCCUACCUGGCUAUCCCACAAUACUAUUCUAGGCAUUUGUUAUGAAAUUUGCCAUAGUCAUAACGAGAGAGCUUUAAUUUGUUAUGGGAAGUUAGUUUAGGUAAACCUGGUUUGCUUCCGUUGUGACUGCAUAAACGGUUUUCUUCACUUGUUUCACAAUGUGUAUCCUAAAACCAAUUCUUCUGAUAUAUUCCUCAAGUCAAAGGCAGUUUCUACGUUUC